GCAAUAGACUUCGUUUUACUUUCAGUUAUAACAAUAGGUGGGCUAAGGGUGUCUUGUGCGCCUUGCCAUUGGUCCUUGGGCAUGCCAGUGGAUUGUGUGGUCGCAAUACUUCUCUCAGAAAGCAUUCGACUGUAUGCUACUACUGUCUGUCAUCGGUAGGCGUACCCGGUUGUGCGAACUUGCAGACCCUGCAAUGACGUCUGCUCGGGCAUGAGGAGCACAGAAAUGAGAGACUACGACCUACGGCUAACAACUACAACACGGCCAAUGCAAGUGUGUGUCCGGUUGGUGGUGUCCCUGUUUUCUAUACUCCCAUGGUGACAGGACAACCAGACGAUGAAUACCAGUGCCAGAAAGGUCCGCGACGCGGACAUCAAUCCUUGCCUUGAGGAGAGUGAUGGUUCCCAGAAGUGCCUGAACAGGAACAACUAUGAGAAGGCCAUGUGUUCGUACUACUUCCAGAGAUACAAGGACUGCAGGAAGUACUGGCACAACGUCAUGAUCAAUCGGAGACGGGAUGGCAUAAAACCAGACAUGCCCACAGCGGCUGAGCGGGAGGAGAUCCUGGCAGCCCUCGGUGGAAAGCCCUAUUGAGAUCUGUUGUACGAAGACCCACAAACCAGCACAAAGCAAGUCUGUAGGUGAGCGCCCUUCAGAGACGGGGUGUCUCUACUGAAAAUGUGAAUCUUUUUUCUUUUUUUUUCCUGGAGCGUUACAGCAUCAUGUUUGAUGAUGCACUGAAAAUUUUGAGGACUGAAUAUUUGCUCCGUCCUGUGUAAUGAAAUAUUUCACUGUGCAGUGACCACGAACACAGUACAGUGACCAUGAACACAGUGGACUACACAGUGGAAUACACUACCAUGAUCCGGAGCACUAUGACCACCAAGGAGCGGUUUUGUGUGAUGUGUUGAUGGGACUGUAUACCCCAUAUUAAGGAUCAUCAACCUAUACCUGGUCAGGUCACGGAUGCUCUGAAUGCCACAUAAGAAGACAUACAUUUGCAGUUGCAGAUGGUUGUCUGAAGUUUGUAAAAGCCUGUGUGUUUUGUGUAGGGGUAUUAUUUAUGUUUGUAAAAUUCACCAGUAUUCAUUGUCACCUGGAAAACGCCAUUAAACAGGGAAUUCUCAAUGAAUAUUGUCACACCAACUGUGUGCCUAUGUUUCUGUGUACAGUAAGUGAAAUAGUGCUCGUAAGUGCCAUAGAGUUCCAGUAUCUCUUGUUAGCAUUUCAGGACUUCCUGGUUCCCUUUUGCGAGAAUAAAUGGAAUGGAUGAAUGGGGACCAGUCUCAAAUGUUGUCGUUUGACACAAGAAUGGCCAAUCAUGUCAUCCCUACAGCCUAUUUUUAAUACCCUCGUCAGUUUGCGGGGGUUCGCUAAUCGCAUGAUUGCACACACACCUUAUUUGAGACAGGUCCCCGUUAAUUUUUAAUAGCAAAGGGAACCAGAACUUAGUGUUGCCAGAUGUGACUGAUCAAAUCCUGCCCAAAAGGUUCUCGAAAUACGCUAAAUUAUGCCCAAUUUGAACAAAUUACAUUGACUUAUGGGCAAACAAUGGCCGUCCGUUUUUACCCGCAGACGGCCAUCGCAAAUUGGGUGGGUAACCGUCCAAUCUGGCAACACUAACAAGUUAAUACUUGGAUCUCUAUGGUACUUGAGAGCUCUGUUCUAAAAUCUGAACAUCAGUUUGUCCUGAAGCUCAACCCUAGCAAAAGGGUUUUGUCAAAAUGUUGUUAAUAAGAUGUUUAUGUAAAUAAACAUGUACAUUUUGGUUGUA